AUGCAACAUCUUUCAAACGAUACAGGUUCUUGGAAUUUAAUUGUUGCACCACUUCCAACAUCUUUACUUUAUAAUUCAAAUACUUAUGAUUCAUAUCCACAUAGCAGUGCAACAAUAGAUGAUUUAAAUAAUCCAAUUUUAUCAAUUUCAUCAUAUAUAACUCCACAACCAGUAACAGUUGAAACAAUUACAGCUAAUUAUUGGGCAUUUGCACUGAUACUCUUUCCUUUAUUUACAAUCUUUGGCAAUGUACUUGUUGUUAUUAGUGUAUAUCGAGAAAAAUCACUUCAUACUAUAACAAAUUAUUUCGUUGUAUCACUCGCUAUAUCAGAUAUAACUGUUGCAGCUGUUGUUAUGCCAUUUGCAAUCUAUCUUGAAUAUAAUCGUGUAUGGGAAUUAUCAGAUCGUUUAUGUGAUUUUUGGGUUGCCUCUGAUUGUAUGGCAUGUACAGCAUCAAUAUUAAAUCUAGUUGCUAUUGCUGUAGAUCGCUAUAUAGCAGUAACAAAACCGCUUAAAUAUGCUCGACAUAAAAAUCCAAAACGUGUUGCUAUUAUGAUUGUUAUUGUAUGGGUUGUUUCUUUUGUUAUUGCUCUUCCUAUUGUUAGUGGUGCGAAUAAAUCGGAUGUUGCCGAUUAUCCACGUGUACCAGAACAGUGUGCAUUUUUCAAUAAUAAAUUUCUUAUUUUUUCAUCUCUGGGUUCAUUUUUUAUUCCUUGUAUUAUCAUAUUUGCCAUAUAUUAUCGUAUAUUUAUUGUUAUUAUGACACAAGCUAAAAAGAAUCGUAAACAAUGGAGACCAAAAGCUAUUAUUCAAUCUGCUGCUGCACAACAUCGUACAAAUGCUGAUAAUUUAAUAACAUCAUAUUAUCCUGAAAGACAAUCGAUUUUUAAUCAAGCAUCAAUAAUAAUACCUGAACGAACAUCACUAACAUUACCUAUUGAUAUAAAUGAAACUUCACCAAAUUUAUUAGAAACUCAUCGAAAUAGUUUAAUGCUACAAUUAUCUACGUCUGUAUUAUCACCACCAUUACAUUUACCAUCGAAUGCUGGAUUAUCAUGUAGUGAACAAGUUGAUGAUGAAGAACGUGAUGAUGUAGCAUUAUUUCUUGAACAUGAACAAACAAAUGGUGAAUAUAAAAUCGAACAUAGCAAUCAAAUUGAAAUACUUUCAUCAAAUCCUAAUAAUAGUACAUCAAAUGUUGUUAAUUUUACUAAAAAAAA